AGACAAUAUAUGGGGAAGUACUAGAAUACUGCUUCGACCAUAUUAUGAUACCGACUGAGUUCUUAGCUCUUUAACUCACUAAAACUAAUUGAAAAAAAAAAACUUAAAAAUCUCUUUUGGCAACUGUACAGUCUUCCUAGAAAUGUCGGGUGUUCCUAGCCCCUUCCGCGGAAGAAUAGGUGAUCCUUUGGACACGUACGCUCUCGAUGUGUGGGACCCUUUAAAGGACUUCUCUUUCUUCUUCCCGGACUCUUCUCCUUCUUCCGGCCAAGCAUCGUCCAUCGUCAACGCCGGAGUUGACUGGAAGCAGACUCCGGAAGCUCACGUGAAGAAAGAAGAAAUCAAGGUCGAGGACGAAGACGAAGACGAAGGUAAUGUAGUACUUCAGUUCAGUAGUGGCGAGAGGAGCGUGGAGGAAAAGAAGGAGAAUGAAACGUGGCACAGGGAGGAGCCGCGCGGUGGCGGAAAGCUCAUGAGCUGGUUUAGGAUGCCGGAGAAUGCUAAAAUGGACCGAAUCAAGGCUGCCAUGGAGUGUGGGGUUCUCACUAUGACUGUCCCUAAGACAGAGGUGAAGAAGCCUGAUGUUAAAGCCAUUCAAAUUUCUGGCUGAGAACCUACUGUCCUUAAUUUAUGUCCUUUAGAUUACUUGAAUAUGUAGUGUAACAUGGGCUUGUGUAUAUAUGUUAUGAAAUAUUAUUAGUUAGUAA